CUGCCGGAGGCCACCCGCCGGCGCCCAGACGCGGGGUCUUGGUACAGAGGGCACCAUGGCCACGGCGAACGACAGGGCUGUCCUGCAGACCAUCUUUAACCCCAGCACCCCUUUUGGGGAUAUCCCUGGGCUGGACGAGGAGGAGGAGGAGGAGGCCCAGGAGGAAGGGGAAGCCUUUGCACCGGAGCUGCUGGAGCAGGUCCGGGACCUGGAGCUGCAGGGGGUCUCUGCCGCCGAGUCGGGAGACGUGAGCACGGCCCUGGAGCGGUUCAGCGAGGCCAUACGCCUGCUGCCUGAGCGCGCCUCGGGCUACAACAACCGGGCCCAGGCUCUGCGGCUGCGGGGGGAUGUGGCUGGUGCCCUGCAGGACCUGGACGUGGCCAUUCGCCUGAGCCGGGGCUGCGGCCAUGCUGCCUGCCAAAGCUUCGUGCAACGCGGCCUGAUCCACCAGCUGCAAGCCCGCCAGGAGGAUGCCCGGCGGGACUUCGAGCAAGCAGCGCGACUGGGCAGCGCCUUUGCCCGGCAGCAGCUGGUGCUGCUGAACCCCUACUCGGCGCUCUGCAACCAGAUGCUCUGCGAGAUGCUGGGGCGGCUGUGCAACCCUGGCGGCACCGGGAACGAGUGAGACGGGCAGGAGAUGGGCGAGGUGGCGCGUGGGCUGGGCAGAGCCUUGCUCCCAGGAUGGCCCAGGUGGGCGCAUCCUGGCCGCCGGAGCAGAUCCAUCGCCGGUGCCCAAGAUCUUGUUCCUCCUCCUCCUGGCUGACAGCUGGGGCCAGGAAUUCCCGAAGUGCCUUGCUUUGUCUCGACUCCGCUCCACCCCCAAUAAACCUCCCUGUGUCCCUGGCA